UAGGAGAGGUGGGGGCUGCAUCGUGUGGGGUUGGGCUUUUGUUGUUGUUUUGUGGGGGUUGGUGUUGAGGGAUGGUGUAGGCCUCAGGUACUGGAACCACACCUGGUCCUUCCCAGCUUCUCUGAGGAGAUGUGACCAGUAGCCGCUUUCUUCUGCCCUCCUUUCUCUGUGUCCCGCCGCCCCCCCUCUCCCGCUCAGAGCGCCCUUAGGGCGAUGGACAUUGGCGACCCUUGGCCCUCCUGUAUUCUGUAGAAAUGUGUUGAUCGUAUUUGCUGAGAGGCCUUCCCGGGACCAUCCUUUACUUCAGACCCCUUAGGAAUUGUCUCGAUUUGGGUCUUUGGUGACUUCAGUCUUCAAGACAGGCCCCACGGGGAAUGUAGUGACAUCCCAUGGCCUAGCGAUGUCCUGCUCAGCCUCUCCCGGGGCUGACUGUCCAGGCUGGCAGGAAGAUGGACUUCAGUGGUAAUGUCAGUUACUUGGCAGUGCCAUUAUUGAAUAAGAAAGCUAGAAGCCCCCAGGCAGGAUUCCUGGACAGAUGCUCCUGCUUCUUGACAUUUGGCUGGGGGAAUCAGGGUACCUGCCCGCAGAGAGGCCAACGGCAUAUUUAAAUUUAUCUUGGACACCUUCCAUGGCCAUCUUGGCCUGUCCCCCAUUCUAAUUCUGUAGUGGGACUAUAGGUUUCAAGCCUCGCUGGACCUUAAAGGUCAUAUCGAGUCUGGUCCCCUCACCGUACCGCUGGGGAGCCCGAGGCCCAGAGAAAUGGAGUCACUCGCUCCAAGGUAGUAAGUGAGACCACCAGGAUUUGAACCCAGGUUUUCUGACGCCUAACCCAGCCGGCUUUCCUGCUGCCUCCUCUUUGCACUCUCCUUCAAGACCACCCUUCUUUUCCUGGCUCUUCUGCCUUGCGUAUCCUACAGGCUAGAACUGAGGAAUGGAGUGAUUGAAUUAUUUGGACUGGGGUGGGAGGAGAGGGCCGUGAGAGUGAAGAAAGGGAGGGAGCGGGAGGGGGCUGCCGAGGGGGGUUCCGUGGGCGCUCCGGCCUCAGUUCCCCCCCAGAGUUGCCUUGAGUGAGCCGAGGCCCCCUGGGGCUUCUGGGAUGUGCUGAGCUCCAGGUCCUGCCCUCACCCCCACACUCCUUGGCCAAUCCCCACCCCCCACCAUUCCUACCCUUACUUGGGGCCUUUAGUCACCUGAUUAGGGAUAGCGGGGAGUAUGGCCACCCUGCUCCACGACGCCGUAAUGAACCCAGCCGAAGUGGUGAAGCAACGCAUGCAGAUGUACAACUCUCCUCACCAUUCUGCCCGCCGCUGCAUCGGGGCCGUGUGGAGGACCGAGGGGGUGGUCGCCUUCUACCGCAGCUACACCACCCAGCUCACCAUGAACAUUCCUUUCCAGUCCAUUCACUUUAUUACCUACGAGUUCCUUCAGGAACAAAUCAACCCUCACCGGGGCUACAACCCCCAGUCCCACAUCCUCGCCGGAGGGCUGGCCGGGGCUAUAGCCGCGGCUGCCACUACUCCCCUGGAUGUCUGUAAGACCCUCCUCAACACUCAGGAAAACAUGGCUCUCUCCUUGGCCAACGUCAGCGGACAUCUCUCUGGCAUGGCCAAUGCCUUUCGGACAGUAUACCAGCUCAGUGGUAUUUCUGGGUACUUUAAAGGUAUCCAGGCACGGAUAAUCUACCAGAUGCCAUCCACAGCCAUUUCCUGGUCGGUCUAUGAGUUUUUCAAGUACUUCCUUACAAAGCACCAGAUGGAGAAUAGAACUCUCUACUAAAGGAACAGACUGUGGGGAGCAAUUCCGGCAUCUUAUUUAAAAAAGAAAGGAUUCCCCCUCCCGUUUCCAUCCCUCUUUCCCCCACACCCCCUCACCAAGUUUUACAAGCUUCAGGUUUCCUGAAGCACCCGUGUGAUUCUUGCAGGGUAUGCGCCACUGACCAGCUCCCCUCUGUGGCCGGCCUUGAGAGAGGGGUUGGGCACACCGACCAAACACCGGAGCACGGAUCCAAAAUGGUGGCACUGGUGGUUGGGGAAAGUGGAAGAAAGAUUAAUGUCUCCCCCUUUCCCCCCCGCCAGAAGAAUGAAUGUGACUUUUCUUCUUCCCUAAGAAAUCCUAAGCCGCACAGACUAGGGUUGGGGAAAUGCGGGGCCUGGAUAGGUUGGGGAGUUUGCACCUCAGAGACUUCAGAUGUUAAAGACAAAUUAAAUAUGAUAUGUAUAUACAAGUUCCAUUACGCAAUAUAAAAAUAGAUGGAUAAUGUUUAUCCUUUAUUUUUCUAUGUAGAAGUUGAAUUUGUGUGUGUGUGUGUGUAUGUGUGUGAGUGUGCAAAUACUAUUACGGCUGAGAUUU